AUGGACCUUGAUGCUCGAUUGCAGCUGAACACGCGCGUACUGCGCCGAAUCGAUCCGUGCGUCACGCAGCUGCUCAGCGUGGCGUCCUUCGCCGUCUACUACAAGUAUGAAAAUGAAUGGACCAAGACAAGUGUCGAGGGUCCCCUAUUUCUAUACCAGCGAUCCGAGGAGCCGUACUUUGGACUUCAAAUCCUGAAUCGUAAUGACCCAGAAAACUUUUAUGUAGGCCUUUCUCCGCUCGACGACAUUGAACUCAGCAAGGAAUUCCUUAUUUACCGUUCACACCAGCAGCGUAUGUAA